UCAGUGCUCGGAGAAUUCGUCGUUGAUCGGAAAAUGUGAUUCGCGGAAUGAAAAUUCGACGUCGACCCUGUUUCGGAUGUCAAUGGCGCAGCAAACCAAUUAUUAUUAUUCGGAUUUUUCGGUGAUAGCAAAUUAUAGCGAUGUUGCAACGGUGUCGAAGUGUGGGGAUGCUUGUUUAUCAGAUUGCGAGUGUGUUGCUUCUGUCUAUGGGCUCGAUGCUGAGAAGCCUUACUGUUGGGUGUUGAAGAGCUUGGAUUUUGGUGGGUUUGAGGACGCUGGCUCAACCCUUUUCGUGAAGGUUAGGUCUAAUGGUUCGAACACGCCAGAAAGCAAUUCUGGGGGUUCUUCGGAAGGGUCCGGGAGUAGUACGCGAGAGAAGGUUUUGGUUAUUCCUAUCGUGCUUAGCAUGACAUUUCUCAUUGGGCUACUUUGUUUGUUAUUGUACUACAAUGUUCAUAGAAAAAGAGCUUUAAAGAGAGCCAUGGAGAGUUCCCUGAUCUUGGAAGGUGCUCCGUUGAAUUUCGGCUACCGUGAUUUACAAAUCCGGACGUGGAAUUUUUCCCAGUUGCUUGGAACAGGGGGAUUUGGGAGUGUAUAUAAAGGAAGCCUAGCAGAUGGGACUUUGAUCGCAGUGAAGAAACUAGAAAGGGUGUUGCCUCAUGGAGAGAAGGAAUUUAUAACUGAAGUGAACACUAUAGGCUCCAUGCAUCACAUGAACUUGGUUCGACUCUGUGGAUACUGCUCUGAGGGGCCACAACGGCUUCUAGUUUAUGAGUUCAUGAAAAAUGGGUCCUUGGACAAAUGGAUCUUUCCUUCGUAUAAUAGCCGAGACAGGCUACUAGAUUGGUCAACUCGCUUCCAUAUAGCUGUUGCUACUGCACAAGGGAUUGCAUAUUUCCAUGAGCAGUGCAGAAAUCGAAUAAUACACUGCGACAUCAAGCCAGAAAAUAUUUUGCUAGACGAGAAUUUCUGUCCUAAAGUGUCUGAUUUUGGACUCGCUAAGUUGAUGGGAAGAGAGCACUCGCAGGUUGUCACCAUGGUCAGAGGAACAAGAGGCUAUUUGGCUCCAGAGUGGGUUAGCAACCGCCCCAUCACUGUAAAGGCUGAUGUUUACAGCUAUGGAAUGCUGCUUCUAGAGACUGUUGGGGGGAGGAGAAAUCUUGACAUGUCUUUUGAUGCUGAGGACUUCUUCUAUCCCGGAUGGGCUUUUAAGGAGAUAACAAAUGGGACACCAAUAAAAGUUGCAGAUAGGCGACUAGAAGGAGCAGUAGAAGAAGAGGAGCUCAUAAGAGCACUAAAAGUUGCAUUAUGGUGCAUUCAGGAUGAGGUCUUCAUGAGACCUUCAAUGGGGGAAGUGGUAAGGAUGUUGGAAGGAUCAAUUGACAUCAACAUGCCGCCAAUGCCACAGACGGUUCUGGAGCUGGUUGAGGAAGGCCUGGAUCAUGUAUACAGAGCAAUGAAGAGAGAGUUCAAUCACUUCAGCUCCUUCACAGUCAAUACCAAUCCUUCGACGUCUCAUGCUACAUGUAGUUAUUCCACAAUGUCACCUAGAUAGCAAAUGUAAAGCAAAACUGCUUUCUUCUUUUUUUGGGGUCAUGAAAUCAUGGUAUACUGCUGAUUGGCAAAUAGUUUCCCCAAAGUUGGCCAAUGUUUUGUUGUCCGGUAAUAGAUUUCAUCAAA